UUGCUUGCUCACAGUUCUGGCGCGCACACACUCCCUCUCUCUCUGAUCAGUGAUCAGUCUUCAGUGUGUGACGAGUGACUGACAAGAUGGUUGCCGGCAGCUUCACCGAGGAGUGCGCGGUGGCGGUGUCGGCGGAGCUGCUGUGGAAGGUGGCCUUCGCCGACGCCUGGUCCGUCUUCCUGCCCAAGGCCUGCGCCGGCUUCAUCGACGCCGUCGAGAUCGAUGGGGACGGCGGGCCCGGCAGCAUCACCACCAUGAAGCUUAACCCAGCCGUGGGUGAGGCGACGGUGUUCAAGACCCGCGUGCUAGCGAAAGACAGCGCAGCGCGCGUGCUGAAGACGGAAGUGCUGGAGGGCGGCAAGGUGAGCGCGCAGCUCAAGUCGCAGGUGAUGGAGGUGCGGGUGGAGCCCGCCGGCAAGGGCGCGUGCCUGGCCAAGUUCACAAUCGAGUAUGAGCGGCUGGACGGCGCGCCACUCUCGCCGGAGGACCAGGCGACGGUCGCGCAGGGCUACCUCGGCAUCGUCAAGAAGGUGGAGGCCUACCUCGUUGCGCACCCCGAGGAGUACGCCUGAUCGAGACCGAUCAACGUCGCAAAUAAAUCGUCGCAGAAAUCCGUGUUAAUUGCAAGUAUGAUCUUGAUGCAGUGUGUAUUUGGUGUGUAAUUGUAAUCGGAGGAGUUGAUCCUCGGUUUGGUUUGUUGAUUGUGCUUGUGAGGAGAGUUAAAUCGGUUUGAGUUUGUGAGAAGAGUUUAUGUUGUAUGCUUUGUGCUUGUUGUGUCUUGUAUGUGUGUUCAGUGCUCAUGAGAGCAUUUUGCUUCAUGAAUAAAGAUGUGUGUGGUGUGGUUGGCGGAUUAGUUC